UCUGCUCCCGGCGGCGGCUCCCGGCGGCGGCUCCCGGCUCCCGGUCGGACGCCCGCGGGACAGUUAUCUUUUCGGAAAGAUGGUUCUUCAUUUGAACUCCUUUUUUGUCUUCCCUGUAAUACUCCUCUACCACUGGAUGGGCCCAACGUUAUCUUUGAAUCUGGAAGAUCCUAAUGUGUGUAGCCACUGGGAAAGUUACUCAGUUACAGUGCAAGAGUCAUAUCCGCAUCCUUUUGAUCAAAUCUACUACACCAGUUGUACCGACAUCCUAAACUGGUUUAAGUGCACACGACACAGGAUCAGUUACCGUACUGCCUACAGACAUGGUGAAAAAACAAUGUACAGGCGUAAAUCCCAGUGCUGCCCUGGAUUUUAUGAAAGCAGGGAAAUGUGUGUCCCUCAUUGUGCUGAUAAAUGUGUCCACGGUCGUUGUAUUGCUCCGAACACCUGUCAGUGUGAGCCUGGCUGGGGAGGACCCAACUGCUCCAGUGCAUGUGACAGUAACCACUGGGGACCCCACUGCAGCAGCCGUUGCCAGUGCAAGAAUGGGGCGCUGUGCAACCCCAUCACGGGCGCCUGUCACUGCACCUCGGGGUUCAAGGGCUGGCGCUGUGAGGAGCGUUGCAACCCCGGGACCUAUGGCAAUGACUGCCACCAGAAAUGCCAGUGCCAGAACGGAGCCACCUGCAACCACAUUACCGGGGAAUGCAGGUGUCCACCGGGAUACACCGGAGCCUUCUGUGAGGAUCUCUGUCCCCCCGGGAAGCACGGCCCACAGUGUGAGGAGAGGUGCCCGUGCCAGAAUGGAGGCGUCUGUCACCACGUCACUGGGGAGUGCUCCUGCCCGCCAGGAUGGAUGGGCAUGGUCUGUGGUCAACCUUGUCCUGAGGGUCGUUAUGGGAAGAACUGUUCCCAGGAGUGCCAGUGCCACAAUGGAGGGACCUGUGACUCAGCCACAGGCCAAUGCCACUGCAGCCCAGGUUACACAGGGGAAAGAUGCCAAGAUGAGUGUCCAGUGGGGACUUACGGAGUGCAUUGCGCAGAGACCUGCAAGUGUGUGAAUGGUGGGAACUGUUACCAUAUUAGUGGUGCCUGCCUCUGUGAACCAGGAUACACUGGAGAGCACUGUGAAACAAGGCUUUGCCCUGAGGGAAUUUAUGGUCUCAAGUGUGAUAAAAAGUGUCCUUGCCACAUGCCCAAUACCUGGAGCUGUCACCCCAUGUCUGGGGAAUGCUCCUGCAAGCCUGGCUGGUCUGGGCUCUACUGCAAUGAGACAUGUUCCCCGGGAUUCUACGGCGAGUCGUGUCAGCAGAUCUGCAGCUGCCAAAAUGGUGCUGACUGCGACAGUGUGACUGGGAAAUGCACCUGUGCCCCUGGAUUUAAGGGUGCUUCUUGUGGUAGUCCUUGUCUUCCGGGAACAUAUGGAGUAAACUGUUCGUCCAUGUGCAACUGCAAAAAUGAAGCCAUCUGUUCACCAGUAGAUGGUUCUUGUGCCUGCAAAGCAGGUUGGCAUGGUGUAGAUUGCUCAGUAAACUGUCCCAGUGGUACAUGGGGACUUGGCUGUAACUUAACCUGCCAGUGUCUUAAUGGAGGGGCUUGCAAUGCUCUGGAUGGAACUUGUACCUGUGCCCCGGGCUGGAGAGGAGAAAAAUGUGAACUCCCUUGCCAGGACGGCACAUAUGGCAUAGAUUGCGCUGAGCGCUGCGACUGCAGCCACGCAGAUGGGUGUCACCCCACCACCGGGUACUGUCGCUGCCUCCCGGGAUGGUCAGGCAUUCACUGUGACAGUGUGUGUGCUGAGGGACAGUGGGGUCCAAAUUGCUCCCUGCCUUGUUACUGCAAAAAUGGAGCAUCUUGCUCUCCAGAUGAUGGAAUCUGUGAGUGUGCACCAGGAUACAGAGGCACCACUUGUCAGAGAAUUUGCUCCCCUGGGUUUUACGGACACCGCUGCAGCCAGACUUGCCCCCAGUGUGUGCAUAGCAGUGGUCCCUGCCACCACAUCACUGGCUUGUGUGACUGCCUGCCUGGAUUUACAGGAGCCCUCUGUAAUGAAGUAUGUCCCAGUGGCAGAUUUGGCAAGAACUGCAUUGGAAUAUGCACCUGCACCAAUAAUGGAACUUGUAAUCCUAUUGACAGAUCCUGUCAGUGUUACCCUGGCUGGAUUGGUAGCGACUGCUCUCAGCCUUGUCCACCUUCCCACUGGGGACCAAACUGCAUCCACACGUGCAACUGCCACAAUGGGGCUUUCUGCAGUGCCUAUGACGGGGAGUGCAAGUGUACCCCAGGGUGGACUGGUCUUUACUGUACACAGAGAUGUCCCUUGGGGUUUUUCGGGAAGGACUGUGCCUUGAUCUGCCAGUGUCAGAAUGGAGCCGACUGUGACCACAUCAGCGGGCAGUGCACAUGUCGCACGGGGUUCAUGGGCAAGCACUGCGAGCAGAAAUGUCCCCAGGGUACAUACGGGUAUGGGUGCCGUCAGAUCUGUGAUUGUCUGAACAACUCAACCUGUGACCACAUCACUGGCACGUGUUACUGCAGCCCAGGCUGGAAAGGGGCGAGGUGUGAUCAAGCUGGUGUAAUCAUUGUGGGAAACCUGAACAGUUUAAGCCGUACCAGUACUGCCAUCCCUGCUGACUCCUACCAGAUAGGGGCUAUAGCAGGCAUCAUUGUUCUUGUCCUGGUUGUGCUUUUCCUGCUAGUACUGUUCAUCAUUUACAGACAUAAGCAGAAAGGAAAAGAAACAAAUAUGCCCACAGUGACCUACACCCCUGCUAUGAGGAUCAUGAAUGCAGAUUACACCAUUUCAGAAACCAUCCCUCACAGUAAUGGUGGAAAUGCCAACAGUCACUAUUUCUCUAACCCUAGUUAUCAUACUUUAACUCAAUGCACUACCCCACCUCAUGUAAACAACAUGGAGAGGCUGACUUUAGCAAAGGUAAAAAACAAUCAGCUGUUUGUGAACCUUAAAAAUGUGGAACCUGGAAAACGAGGUACUGCCAUGGACUACACAGGAACACUGCCAGCAGACUGGAAACAUGGUGGCUACCUCAAUGAACUUGGUGCUUUUGGACUUGAUAGGGGAUAUUUGGGGAAGUCUCUGAAAGAUCUAGUGAAGAACUCGGAAUACAAUUUAAGUAAUUGCUCAUUAAGCAGUUCUGAGAACCCCUAUGCUACUAUAAAGGACCCACCAGCUCUGGUACCAAAAAGCUCAGAAUGUGGGUAUGUUGAAAUGAAGUCACCAGCACGCAGGGACUCCCCCUAUGCUGAGAUCACCGGCUCUGCUACAACCAACAAGAACGUGUAUGAAGUUGAACCCACGGUGAGUGUUGUGCAGGGACCAUUCAGCAGCAGAGGACAUUUCAGCCAGGAUCCUUAUGAUCUUCCAAAAAACAGCCAUAUUCCCUGUCAUUAUGACUUGCUACCAGUUCGAGACAGCCUCACAUCCUCUACAAAGGGGGUCAGCACUGAAUGACCCCAGAAGCUGGUUUGUAGAACAGUGGGACUCUCAAGGGGCAAAUUGGCAUGGUUGUGCUCCUUCCUCUAGUUUACCAUCAUAUUUGGCUCCUAAUCUGUCCAGCAAGUAUUUGCUGUACAUUAAACAGAAUCUCAACACGAGGUUUGUAUUGUGUAUACAAGUGACAGAUGGACAAAUGCCACACUCUGGGGAUCCUGAUUAUUUUUUCUCAUGGCAGUAAAUUUUAUAGAAACGGGAAUGCAACACAUUUAUACUGUAAUAUACUGGCUUAAAAAUAUUAGUUUGCAGAUCAGUUUUGAUAACAUCCCAUUUUAGUGACCUUAAAUAUAGACUUCAUCUUUGUCAUGUUUCAGACAGGACAGUGCAAUUUACCAAAUACCACUUUUUACGAGUGAUCUGAUUCAUUAGUUAUUCAUUAGUAGAAGAAAAACUGCCUUGCCAAAUUUUACCUUCCAUUCUUAUCUUUAGUCAAGACAUUAAGAAACAAGAUCUGAUGGGGAUAAGUAAGCACAAUACUGCAGUUGUUUGAGAAAUCCAUCAUCAGGCUUUUUUGUCCAUUACUGGUGGUGGACAUGGGUUGCUUGAAUAGUUCUGGAGAUAAAAUAAUUGCAUACAUCAGUAUUAUAUGAUGCUUCAAGAUCUCUUAGUACUGCAGACCCCGCACUAGUCUUCAACAAAUAUUUUGCUACCAUUUGUAUAUUGCAGUUCUGACCACUAUUUCUGCCACACACAACUAAUAAUCCAUAACAUAUCAGUAAUUACUUCAAAAAAUAUGUAAAAUAAAUCAGUUUAUUUUUGUCUCCAUGGACUGAUUAUGUAAGGAGUGGACAAAGGUGAUGACUUCUGUAAAUCUUAACUGCAAGGAAGGGUUUACAUUUUAUAAACAGGUAGUAAUAAUGACUGUAAUAUAGAAUAAAAAUAGUGAAGUGUUCUGAUUUUUUUUCUUAGAAAUAACAAAGCAAACUCUGUGCAUACUUGCUAAAAAGGCACCUUUUCUUUUUUAUAGUUGAUGUAGGGAAACACAUGCUUAAGCUGGUCUUUUGCAUUGCUAAUAAUGUGACACAUGUAUCUCCCAUUCUUCAUUAACUUCUGUCUCCAUUUUUACUCUGUGUGUCUGUGUUUCUAGUGAACCAGCUUGUAACUGCAAAAAUAUUCUACUAUGUGUACAUUUAUUUUGUAUUUUUUGCCAAAUGGCCUUUAUUUUGUCCAUUUAAGGGACCUCUGGGCAGAGGGAGAGAAUUAAAGUAAGAAUUCAUGUCAUACUGAUGUCUAUCAGGAGGUGAUUACCUAAUACAUAACAGUUUAACCUAAUUUGUUAAUUGGGACAAAAAAAUUAUGGUGUUUUUGUUCAGAAUGAUAAUAAGAAUGCAGAAGAAAAGUAAAAAACAGUUCCUCGUUGAAGUUUAGCUUAGUCCGUUACUCAUGUGGAUGGAGACCAUCUUUCCAGAAGAGCCUUUUUUCCCAAUGAGGCUGUAACUCCUUCCUAAACAGUCUGCUCUCUGGCUUAGCACAUGGAUUGCCAUGACAUCUGGGCUGCAAUACAAUCUGACACAAAGAAUUAUCACAAUUGUGACAGUACUGAAAUAUUCCUAAGAAACCCACAACCAGUUGCCUUUGGAAUACUAAAUGCCAUAGAGGAAUACCUGGAAGAAAAACUGACAAAACUUUCUCAAUUUUUUUAAAAGGAACACCAGAGCUGAAAUGGAAGUACAAUUUCCUUUUAUUUGUUGUCACUAAAGUGGUGAAAAAUGAGGAAGCUACUGGCAAAGACAUUGUAGCAGAUGUGCCUAAGCCUGAGAAUUUAUAUGCCUCUAUGAAAUGUCCCAUAACAUUCUUGGUUCUGGCUAGCCAUGAUAACUGGCUGUUUCGCAAUUCCCUGGGCAUUUCUUGUACAUCCUUGGAAUAAAUUAUUUUACUUUAUUUUGCUAGUUAAUGUUAACUAGAAGAUUUCAGAAGCUGGUUACAAUUUAAUCCCUCUGUAAGACAAAGAAAUGAUUGGGUUUGUAUGCAUAUAGAUAAUGUGUAGAGCUACUGGUAUAUACAUUUUUUGUAUUGUGUGAAACAGACUUUAAAAUAAAACCUUUCUUUUCUAAAGCCAUGAAUAGAAAGUGCUGCCAUUUAGCAAUUGUGAGCUCACAAAAACCUGUUUUCUUGCUCUUUGUAAAAUUUGGAGGCCACUAGGUAAAUGAAUCUUCAUAAUCUAAACAGUUCUUUUUAACAUGGGAAAGUGAAGAGCUGAAUAAAUGGUAUUUUUUUGAAAA